AUGGCUAACGGAACCUCAAUUCCUCAUACAGAUUCAACCUCACCUAUGUCAACUGUGGAAUCUUUAACUACUGAACAGACAAACGACAAGACACUAGAAACGACAAUGUCUCAAAUAACUUUAAAUACACCUACAACUAACACGCCGUUAUUUGUAUCUGAACUCUGUCGUAACCAUACCAACGCAACAGGAGAAGCCAUUUCACGAAGAGAGCUAUGGGCAUUAGCGAAUAACACUUCACAGUGGUUACCAGAGCAUCUUAACAGAAUAUCGUUUGGUCCAAUUUACAAUGCGUUUCCUGCAGUAGACACUUUUUUCGCUUUAAGUGGUCUAUUACUGACAUAUUUGAUGAUGAAGGAAUUAAAGACAAAUAAUGGGAAGUUGAAUUGGCCGAUGUUUUAUUUCCAUCGAUUCUGGAGAUUGACUCCUCCCUACAUGUUGAUACUAAUGGUAUAUGUAUCUCUCUUCCCUUACAUUGGAGAAGGUCCCGGAUGGCCUAAAGAUGGAGCUGAAGUCAAUUACUGUGAACACUCAUGGCACCGAAAUUUUCUAUACGUUAACAAUUUAUUCGUAGAUGGUUACGAUAUGUGUAUGGCGUGGUCUUGGUAUCUAGCUAAUGACAUGCAAUUUUAUGUGAUCAGUCCACUUAUUCUACUUCCGUUGUUCCAUUACCAUUUGGUGGGUGUGGCAAUUUUAUUGGCAUUUUUAUUGGGCUCUACAAUUGCAUGCGGUUUACUCUCAGCACAUGAUGACUUACCAGCCAGUAUGUUUGAUGGUGGAAAUAGUCAGAAGUUUUUCAAUGAGUACGUUAAACCUUGGAACAGAAUAACGCCUUAUUUGAUUGGAAUAUAUGUAGGAUAUUUACUGUACAAAACUGACUGUAAAGUUCGUAUCAAUCGAUUUGUAAACAUAUUUGCAUGGUUAGCUUUUACUGCAGUUGCGUGUACAGUGUUAUAUGGUUUACACAAAGAUGUAACUGGAGACCGCUUGUCAACGGACGUAGCAGCUCUUUAUACAGCUACCCACAGGAUGGUAUGGGGAGCUUGCGUAUGCUGGGUUAUAUUUGCAUGUGCUACAGGAAAUGGAGGGAUAAUUAACACGAUAUUAUCAUGGAAGGUAUUUGUACCACUAAGCCGACUGACAUAUUGUGCCUAUUUGGUUCAUCCUAUAGUUAUAUACUAUUAUCUCCUUAGAAGACAAAGGCUUAUACAUUUUAGUGAUACUGAAGUCACGUACGAGUUUCUAGGACAUGUAGUUCUGUCCUAUGCAGUCGCCCUUGUUGCAUCUUUAGUAUUCGAAUCUCCAAUGAUGGGUCUAGAGAAAGCUUUGCUCAAACGAAAAGAACGAAAAGAUGAGAUAGUUAACGUGAAAGUGACAGAAAGGUUAACAAAACUAGGAAGAGAUAGCAAUUAUUGA